AAUGGCAGCUCUGCAGGAGUUACAGAUGGAUCUGCUUCCUUCAGACCCGCUGCUGCACAUUUUAUCCUUUCUGGACUUCAGAGACUUGAUCCACUGCAGUUAUGUCAGCAGGAGGUUGAAUGAGUUGUCCAAACACAAUCCGCUGUGGAAAUCCCACUGCUCCAAACACUGGCUGCUGACAGAUGCGGAGCGGCUGCAGAGCGGUGUGUCCUGGUUCUGUCUCUUUAAGCAGUCCUACAGAGACCUGGGUCGGUACAUCCAGUACUACCCGGUCCUGAAGAGAUCCUGGGAGCAGCUGAAGAGCUUCCUGCAGCAGCGCUGUCCUCGCAUGAUCGCAUCACUCAAAGAGGGAGCCACAGAGGUGGAGCUUAACGACAUCGAGGCUCAGAUCGGCUGCAGACUUCCAGACGACUAUCGCUGCUCGUACCGAAUCCACAACGGACAGAAGCUGGUGAUCCCCGGAUUGAUGGGCAGCAUGUCUCUGUCCAAUCACUACCGGUCGGAGGUGCUGCUGGACGUGGAGACGGCGGCCGGCGGUUUCCAGCAGAGGAAAGGAAUGAGGCGCUGUCUGCCGCUCACCUUCUGCUUCCACACCGGACUCAGCCAGUACAUGGCUCUGCAGCCGGCAGAGGGCCGCAGGAUGUACGAGAGCUUCUACCCCUGUCCCGAUCAGACGGCUCAGGAUCCUUCAGCCAUCGACAUGUUCAUCACAGGUUCCUGUUUCUUAGAAUGGUUCACGACUUACGUCCAGAACGUCGUGACGGGAGAGUUCCCCAUCAUCAGAGACCAGAUCUAUAGGUACGUGCACGAUAAGAGCUGCGUGAUGACGACCGAUGACAUCACCGUCUCUGUUUCCACUUCCUUUCUGCCGGAGCUUUCCUCCGUCCAUCCGCCGCACUUCUUCUUCACCUACCGCAUCAGGAUAGAGAUGUCUAGCAGUGCGUCUCCUGAAGCUGCCUGUCAGCUGGACAGCCGUUACUGGAAGAUCACCACGUCUGACGGCAACGUGGAGGAAGUGCAGGGACCCGGCGUCGUCGGAGAGUUUCCCGUUAUGACGCCUGGAAAAGUGCACGAGUACGCCAGCUGCACCACCUUCUCCACACCGUCAGAGUACAUGGAGGGUCACUACACCUUCCACAGACUGGCCAAUAAAGAGGAAGUGUUCCACGUGGCGAUCCCUCGUUUCCACAUGAUCUGUCCUCCGUUCAGAGAGCCGCUGGUCCGCACGAAGCCGUCGACCAGUUACACGUCUCGCUUCGACGACCACGACGACGACGGCGAGUACUGCGACGGCGACGGAGACGACUUCGGCGACCUGAGAGGAAUCAACAUGGCCGCCUUGGAGGGGGCGUGGUGCCCUCGACACAUCUGACCUCUGACCCCCCCCACUACC